AGCAACAAUGAAUUUAAAUUUGGAAUAGAUGAGUUUCAAAACGAAACGAUGCAAUAUGAAUUCAUAGAAAUAAAGACAAUCUGCUAUUGAAAGUAGAGAGAUAAAGAGAGAAAGGAUAAUACAAUUUAAAAAGAAACAGAUAAAUUGAAGAAAUAUAUAAAUUUGACAAAACCAAA